CCAGUUUAACUUCUCUUUCAGAAGUAUUUAAACUGCUACCCUCCUGUUCUAAAUCGUCGUCUUCGUUGCUGUGUACUACAAUUAUGCUUUUUCAACUCGUCUGCAUAUUAGCUGCCUCUGUGCAAGGUGGCCUCACACAGGAUAGGCCUACACAAGAGGUGAAGUCAGUUUGUGGAGAGGACUCAAUUCUGAAAUGUAAAGCAAUAUGUAAGCCUGGGGUCCAAUACCGGGCGGUGAGGUGGUAUAAGCUGGGUGAGGAGCCCUCUAAUAAGGAGUCUGGUCUAUUGAUGAAGAGGCUAUCACCUAACAGCACCACCCUAUGGUACGCAGGCCUGGAGCGUAAAGUGGAACUUUUGGCUGAUGAUUCUUUCGAYAUCUUGCUGCCCAAUGUAACGGCUGUUGAUAGCGGGAGGUACAAGUGUCUCCUGGCAGCACCUGUAGGAGAGCAGAACCAGGAGGGCCAGGUUCACCUCAGAGUGACAGGUUGCCUUGAGUCCACAGACCAAUCAGAAGAAAGGGAUACCAUUCUAGUUCUUUCCAUUGUGGGGAUUGUGGCGGCAUUGCUGAUAUUCACCAUCAGCUAUGUCAUCCUAAGGAAUAUGUUAUUGCAAAGGAGUAAGAAGUAUCCACAAGAACCACUUCUAGAUGCACCCCUUGAGAAGAAAGAUUUAAUGUUGAUCUACACUCCGGGGCCAAACUGGUCGAGACAGGGUUCCAUAAAACAUGUCUGUGUGUGAGAGCCUGUUCUGCUAGUUUGGGCUCAUUGUAUACUUGAAUGUUAAGAGGAAAUGCAGAGAAAGACUAGGGCACGUUUGAAGCUGAGCAACGAGUCUAUCAUGCUGACCACACCGCUUGCGUUAUGUGUGUGAGCGUGGCAAAAUAAAUGUACACAUACCUGUUAUUCAACAAUUUCAUCCAAACUGCUCGCGCGCAUCAAUGAGCGCCUGCGUAGCAAGGCGCUAAAAUAGACGCUUUAUGCGCUGCAAGUCCAGCUUCUCCCAUCUCCUCAUUGGUUUUUCAGAGCAUAUACCCACAUGGGUGAUUGAAAGAUGAACUGCGAUCCACACGCCAGCCCAGUUGGUGGUGGUAAUGCACCUUAAAGUUGGUUGUCAAACGCCAUAUAAAGUCAGAAGAAGACUGACGGAGGAGAGAUUACUAGAAACGAACUAAGUUUACCCUUUUAUCUGUGGAUUGUCAGAGUAGAGGACCUUGUGCAUUUCAGGUAAAAUAACAACCCGAUACUUUUACUUUCCAGGAGAAGAGUUCACCUCUAGAGCAGAUGGAGGCAGACAACCCUCUGGCUGGGACUGUAGAACUAAGAUGUUUAGGCUUUUCAAAGAAAUUAAACAGAAACAGUAGCCUAUACCCUUUCACUCAGGCAGCCAAACAGCAGUACAAAGUCAGGCUAGAACAGCAGUUCUCCAGCAAUGAUUGAUCGUCUGCAGCAUUCACACACCUGUGAUGCGCAAGCAGCAGGACCUGGUGAAGGGACCCACGAUCUAAGCCCCAAGAUCUAACCUCAAUAAGGAGCUUCAGGAAGGGGUGCAGGAAUGGUCCAUGAUGAGGGAUCAUUCUGGAGGGUUGCUUCAUGGCAACGUGGGGAUUAAUCCCAUUUACAUUUGAGUCAACCCAGGAAUUGAAGUUGACAUUGAGUUGGGAAAUGACCAAUGUGAACAGCAUUGAUCUUUUAGAAUUGCAUGCCUAAUUCAAUUCCUGUAUUGACUGGUAUUGAAAUCGAAUUGAUUAAUUUUCCUCCAAGCACAAUGAAAGUGGGCUUUGGUGAAAAGUAAUUGGCAGAAAAUUAACUUGUAUAAAUCUCAGUUUUUUUUAAAAAUAUGAUCAGCAAUUCUGUGGAUACAUUGAAAAUGAAGAAGCCUUGUAAAUAAUUUUGUAACUAACUGUAUCCGAUGUUUGAUGUUUGAGGUGCUAAAUGGCUUUUAACAAAUCUCUACCUAUUUCACAAGACACAUUCUGUAUUUUUUUAUUUUAGUUAUAUACUGUACCUUGACUUUACAACAUUUACAGGUGAAUUUUGAGUCGGAUGAUCACAAUUAUUGGGAUGAUCACAAUUAUAUUUUUGGAUAGCUGUUUUAAUCGUUAAAUACAUAAAUACCUCUUUGCUAAUAAUCUUUAGAGUGACAAACAA